UGGUUGCUUCAAAAUUCUCCACUCCAAAUUAUUGAAACGCUUUCACUAUCAGUUUCGUCCCAGUAUAAAACCCUGAAACCCGUAAAAAUUUAACCUUUAUUUGAUCUCUGAACUCCCAAACAUCAGCAAUGGCCACCUUGAAUUCCUCUCUACCAAACUCCAUCUCACCAUCAGCCGAUCUCCGUCGCCGAUUCAAGCGCAAAAUCUCAUCUUGUUUGGUUUCGGAGAAAUCCCAAGAGAAAACUUCAAGCCCUUCAAUUUCCUGGAAAGCUAAAGAGAUUAUAGAAAUGGAAGCGAAGUACUUAGUGGGGACUUACGCUAGGGCUCCAGUUGCAAUUGAGAGGGGAAAUGGUUGUAGGGUUUAUGAUGCUGAUGGGAGAGAGUAUUUGGAUAUGGCGGCUGGAAUCGCGGUGAAUUCGCUAGGGCAUUGUGAUCCUGAUUUGGUGAAGGUUUUGGUUGAGCAGGGGAGCAAUCUUUGGCAUGUUAGUAAUGCAUAUUAUUCGUUGCCGCAGGUGGAACUUGCAAAACGCCUUGUAGAGUGCUCUUUUUCAGACCGUGUUUUCUUCACAAACUCUGGAACAGAAGCAAAUGAAGCAGCUAUAAAGUUUGCAAGGAAGUUUCAAAGGCACUUAAUUGCCGGUGGAGAAGAACCUGCCACAGAGUUCAUUUCCUUUAGUAAUAGCUUCCAUGGCAGAACAAUUGGUUCUGUUGCUCUAACAAGUAAAGAGCAUUACAGGAUACCCUUUGAACCUGUCAUGCCUGGAGUCACAUUUUUAGAAUAUGGGGAUAUUGAAGCAGCCAUGAAAACAAUAGUAUCUGGCAAGACUGCUGCAGUUUUUGUGGAACCUAUUCAAGGAGAAGGCGGGAUAUAUAGUGCAACAAAAGAUUUCUUGCAGGCACUCCGUACCGCUUGUGAUGAUAAUGGAGCUCUCUUAAUUUUUGAUGAGGUUCAAUGCGGAUUAGGCCGAACUGGUCAUCUUUGGGCCCAUGAGGCAUAUGGCAUUAUACCUGAUAUAAUGACUCUUGCCAAGCCCCUUGCUGGAGGUUUACCCAUAGGUGCAUGCCUUACCACCGAAAGAGUUGCUGAAGCUAUGAACUUGGGAGACCAUGGAAGCACUUUUGCAGGCAGUCCUCUUGUGUGCAAAGUAGCUCUCAAGGUGCUCAAUAAAAUCCAAGAUCCAAACUUUCUAGCAAAUGUAGCAAGAAAAGGCUUUUACUUGAAAGAAUUAUUGAAUCAGGCGUUGGGAGAUAAUCCCCAUGUUAAAGAGGUUCGAGGAUUAGGGUUGAUUGUAGGGAUUGAGCUCGACGUUUCUGCAACUCCAUUGGUUAAUGCUUGUAGGCAAUCUGGGCUUUUGGUUCUGACUGCUGGAAAGGGGAAUGUGAUUCGACUGGUUCCACCAUUGAUCAUAUCAGAGGAGGAGCUCGAAUAUGCUGCUGAAGUUUUUAAGAAAUGCAUGCCUGCACUUGAUGCUGCCAGUGUAUAGACUAAAGUUAAUUGCAUUCUUUUCUGUAUCCCUGUACCAAGUAUUGCUGGAAAUGUAUGUUUUACGUUUGUAAAUUAACCUUUAGUGGAAUACUAUACGACGCGAGGUUAUUCUGAACUUAUGAUUUUGUUAGAACUUCAUAUGAUGAUUGGGUCUGAUAUCAGAUAUGGUGAUUGGUUGGGUCA